AUGGGUAUCUCUGGUCUACUACCCUUGCUCAAGGAGAUACAGGUCAGCGGACAUGUGUCAGAGUUCAAGGGGAAGAGACUGGCGGUAGAUGCAUACGUAUGGCUUCAUAAAGGUGCAUUCGGUUGUGCGGAAGAUCUGGUCAAGGGAAAGAAGACAACCAAAUUCGUGGACUAUGCGAUGCAUCGAGUACGGAUGCUUCGAUAUCAUGGUAUAACGCCUUUUAUCGUAUUUGAUGGUGGUCCAUUACCGGCUAAGAAGGGCACGGAGGUAUCAAGAGCAAAAUCACGAGCGGAAAACCUCGAAAGAGCCCGAUCGAUGGAAUCUCAAGGACGAUGGAGGGAAGCAAGAGAUUUUUACACGAGGUGUUUGGAUAUCACGCCUGAGAUGGCUUAUCAACUUAUUAAGGCACUCAAAGCGGAGAAUGUAGAUUAUGUGGUAGCACCCUACGAAGCUGAUGCCCAGCUGUGUUAUCUGGAAAGAGAAGGUUUUGUAGAUGGGAUUAUAACCGAAGAUUCUGAUUUACUGGUCUUUGGUUGUCGUCAAGUGAUAUUCAAACUCGAUGGGAAUGGCCAAUGUGUCUGGAUACACCGUAAUAACUUAGCAACGAUACGCGAUUUUCCCAUGCACGGAUGGACGGAUGUUCAGUUCAGGAGGAUGGCUAUGCUCUCAGGUUGUGAUUACCUCGAUUCCAUCGUAGGUAUAGGACUAAAAAAGGCUCAUGCCCUGAUGCGGAGGUUCAAAACGGUAGAAAAGCUGCUCCAACAUGUACGACUAGAAGGAUCAAUGACUAUCCCACCGGACUAUCUCGCCUCGUUCGCUCAAGCAGAACUAGCUUUCAUCCAUCAACGAGUAUACUGUCCCGAGCAGGGUCGUCUAAUACCGCUCAACGACUUUCCUGAAGGUGGUCUAGGUGAAAAUGAUGAAAGAUGGAUAGGGUUAGAUGUGGAAGAAGAAAUAGCUAGAGGAAUGGCCAAAGGCGAUUUGCACCCUGAAACGAGGUUACCUAUAAUCGAUGAAUGGCCAGAUUAUCAACCAACACCUCGGACGAAAAUCCUCACGGACAAUUUCUCCAAAGUCAAUGCGACAGUCUCUGCUGGACCUAUGGAUGUUUUCGUUACCAGGAUGAAGAAGACCAGAUCACUGGCUAAAGCCGUCGGUACCCUUGGUUCUGGACCGUCUCGUCUUUCCGACCAGAAUCUUGAACGUUUUUCUGCACCUGCCAUCUUAUCAGGAACUCAGCACAACUCAACAGGUAGUAAGAAAAGUAAAUUCUUUUCGAGACCUUCCAAACGUGAAAUCACCCCUGAGUUGGAAGAAUCACUACAUUGGGAAGACGAUGAAGAAAGCGAGGAAAUCAAGAAUCAACCUAUCGCUGGACCAUCUCGAAUUCCAGCUUCUACACCUAAUCGAUCGCCUAGCCCUGCAAUAUCUUCGAUUCGAGGGGAAGAUUCACCCGUUAAAUCGGUCAUCUCGGGUCAUAUCCUCACUUCACCAGGAUGUGUACUCUCCAGUCCGCCUGAUUCACCUUCCCAAGGAAUACUCUUCUCUACACCCCGAAGAAAAGAUCAUAAGAUCCGGGAAAGUACCCCACCAUCACCUACUGGCGCUUCGAUCGGUGAGAAUGUGCUCAUAGCUGCGUCUUCUCAAGUGCUGGAGACGGAGUUCAAGGAAUUCGAUUACGAUAACGAAGUGAAUGAAGAAAGCAUCGAAGAGACGCAAGUGGAUGUCCAAACACCUACUGAGAGUCGGACUCGAACUCCUGCCAGGAAAGAAAAGAAAUCGUUAUCGAGAUUGUCGACUAUUGUCAUACCCAAUUCAUCGUCACCUAUCACAUCCACCACGACAUCUUGCGUUCCUGAGACUCAAUCUUGGCCGACGGGUAGAAAGCUUCAACCUUUCGCUUCAACUUCGAGCGAUACGAUCUCAGAGGAAGAACAAAUCAUUACGCCGUCUUUGGAUCAGAUCAAUCAGAAGAAGAGGAAACGAUCGAUGAAACAGGAAGUAACCGAGAUCGAGGAUGCGAUUGAAGAUGAAGGUGAAAAGAAACGAUUGGAACGGGCCAGGAUCGUUGCUGCUGGUUGGAAAGCUAAAUAUGCGUUUGGGCAAAAGUCCUCUUCUCCUGCGUCCAUCCCUUCAUCUGACGAUACACCUAACAAACCUAUCAAACGUACCAAGUCGGACCCUACGACUCGUCCUCGACCGGAACCUGUCAAACGUCCGACGUUACCUAUCACCUCGCAAGCUCAGGCUUCGCGCAUUUUACUUUCGAGAGAUACCAAUGUGCUGACGCCACGCAGGGACCAAACACCUGCGUCGAGGAAAUACAGUAGUGGACCCUCGAAGGAGGAUUUCACUCCUGCGACAAGAAAGAACAGUGAUAACGAUAAUUUCGGCCAAAAGUUCAGCUCUUCACCUCUUUCGUUCAAUGAUGACGAAUUGAUAUUUGAAAGUACCCAAAAGGGGGGACAGACAUAUAACAAAUUGCAAAAAUAUAAGUUCGGUGGGAAGUAG